AUGCAGUCUCCAUCAAGAACCGAGUUAUUGGGAAAACUAACAGGGCCAACACACGGUGCUAAAGCUUUCAAAGAAAAAUUUGUGGAAAUUUACGAAAAUUUCUUCAAGCUAAUAAUUGCACCUGAGACUUCCUAUGUGGCUUAUGAAGCUAUAAUGUUAUUGGGAAUAUUGGCAAAUUAUAAUAAGCAUGAAUCCAAAAAUCCUUAUAUGACAAAAAUUACCGCAAUAAAGGAUGAAUCCGUUUUUCAAGUAUAUGAUGAUGAAACUUAUAAGUAUUCAGUUUCAUCAGCCUUAUCAUAUGUUGGUGCUAUCUUACCAUGGGGAAUGAGUGGCAAUACAAAAGAACAACAAGAUAUUUCUGAUCCUGAUCAAGCUUUUAAUCAAUUGCAAGUGGAUUUAGAUUUUUUUUUCGACAUUUGCUAUUUCUGUUAUUAUUUUCCAGGCGUUGCUAACAACAUAAUUUCUAAAUUUUAUAUUUUAGGCCAUCAGCAAAUAUAG